AUGCAGGGUUACACCUGUGACACGACAUCGUACGCUUCGAACGAGGUGACCAUUACCCACGCGAAGGCUCAGAAGGACAUCCCACCUGAGAUCAAGAACAACCGCAACUACCUCACCAGUACGCUAGGUCUGCAGGCAAGCAACGUGAAGGCGGUGGCUAUUUAUGCCGAUGGAGCCGACUACGGAUUCUACGCUUGCAACUUUACUGGAUACCAAGACACGUUGUGCGCCCACAAGGGCCGCGAGCUCUACGCCAAGACGUACAUCAGCGGUGCUGUUGACUUUGUCUUUGGUCAAAAAGCCAUGGCGUGGUUCGAGUCUUGCGACAUCGAGUCCAUCGGUGAAGGCUGGAUCACUGCUAACGGCAACGAGAAUGCGACUAUCGCAUCCGAGUAUGUCUUCAACAACGCCCGUCUGUUCGGCACUGGAUCGACCUACUUGGGUCGGCCAUGGCGUCCCUUUGCUCGUGUUGUGUGGCAGAACAGCGAGCUGGGGGACAUUGUAAACCCGGAGGGGUGGGAGGCAUGGGACGAAUCCAGCAGCACUGCGAAUGUCUACUUCAAGGAGUUCAACAACAGCGGCCCCGGUUCAGCUAUCGGCAAACGUACGCCCUUCAGUGGGCAACUGGACGCGCCUGUGGCAAUUGCGGACAUUCUCGGCAAGAACUACGAAUCCGAAUGGUGGGUUGACACCAAUUUCGUGUAA